UAUUGCUAGAAAGAAAAAUGAAAAAGCCAACCUCCCAGUCCCCAAGCGAACAAGAACAAAACUAGAAUUCUCGAGUAAAGGUUGAAGUGUUGAACUGAAGAUUGAGAGAUCAAAGGCUGAUUCGAGAGGAAAGUGAGAGCAACGAAGGAGACGAAGACAGACAGCAGAGGCGACAUGCAGGGCUGAAGACAUCGCUGGAACUUUCUAUCACAAGCCACAUCGAUGCAUCCUCGUCUUGCUAUCUAUACCCAACAAAUUCUCAAUAAUGCCAAUCGCAUCCCUACCAGCAUCACCACUACCAGGUUACUGUACUCCUGUUCCAAUCCCUCAAAGUUUAGGACAAAUGGGUUGGUAUUGUCUCGUUUGCUUUCUUAUUUCACACCGUUGCAUAGGCGUGAACCCCCGGAUCCCAAUGACCCCUCUACCCUUAUGAAGGAAGAUGGAGUGUCAGUUUGUUCCCAAAUGUGGAUUGAGAAUUUUCGAGACCCAGAUAGAACUGUCACAAACUUGAGUUCUUAUCUUAGGAGAUUUGAGCUAUGGGUGUUAGCUUAUCAGAAAGUGUCUGCUGAUGAGAUGGGGGCGUAUAUGCCCCGUAGUUCGAUAACUAAAUCAGCAUUAGAAGACUUGUUAAAGUUGCGCAAUGCGGUUCUGGAUGAAAGGUUUAAGUGGGGGGCAAGGUUGGAUUUCAUUAUUAAAUCACCAAAAGAUAAGACCGAUUAUGCAUCGUUGUCCAAGAGGAAGAUCAAGGCGAUUCUAACAACCACACAACCUGCAGCUUUUCAAGAUAAGAUAGUUCAGGAGGUGUUGUUUAUGAUUUUGGAGCCAAUAUACGAGGCAAGGUUCUCCCAGAAGUCGUUUGCGUUUAGGCCCGGAAGAAGCGUGCAUACCGUUUUGAGGGUGAUUAGGAGGAGUUUUGCAGGGUAUUUGUGGUAUAUUAAGGGAGAUUUGAGUACAAUUUUGGAUGGGAUGAAGGUGGGGUUUGUGAUAAAUGCAUUGCUAAGGGAUGUGAGGGAUAAGAAGGUGAUGGAUUUAAUAAAAUCAGCACUGGUUACACCGGUGAUUACAACUCGGGUUGAUGAGGGAGAGAAGAGAAAGAAGACGAAGAGGAAAUAUCAGAAGAAAAGGGUGUUGGCAGAAGACGAGCCAAAGCCUGACCCUUAUUGGUUAGAAACCUUUUUUGGUUUUGCUCCCGAGGAGGCAGGGAAAGUUCCAUCAUGGGGACAUUGUGGGAUUCUUAGUCCCCUUUUGGCCAAUAUUUGCCUGGAUGAGUUUGAUAGAUGGAUGGAGAGGAAGACAAAGGAAUUCUACCAUCCAUCAAAGAAUGAUGUGAUAUGGAACAACCCUGAAGGGGAAGCAGAACAUGGGAAUACGUCUUGGCCGGAAUUUGUUCCAACCAGCGGACCUGACAAGACCAGAAAGAUGGACUACAUAAGAUAUGGGGGUCACAUUUUGAUUGGCGUUCGGGGACCAAGAGCAGAUGCAGCGACAUUGAGAAAGCAAUUAAUUGAGUUUUGUGAUCAGAAAUACAUGCUAAAGCUAGAUAACGAGAGCCUCCCUAUUGAACAUAUAACUAAGGGUAUAAUGUUUCUUGAUCAUGUACUAUGUCGAAGAGUUGUGUAUCCAACUCUUAGGUACACUGCAACUGGGGGAAAGAUCAUUAGUGAAAAGGGUGUGGGCACUCUUUUGUCAGUCACAGCAAGCUUGAAACAAUGCAUCAAACAAUUUAGGAAGUUGAACUUUAUCAAGGGGGAUAGGGAUCCAGACCCGCAGCCUUGUUUUCGAAUGUUCCAUGCUACUCAAGCUCACACCAAUGCGCAGAUGAACAAGUUUUUGUCAACCAUGGUUGAGUGGUAUAGGUAUGCUGACAAUCGAAAGAAAAUAGUGAACUUUUGUUCUUAUAUUGUAAGGGGAUCCCUUGCAAAGCUUUAUGCUGCUAAAUAUAAGCUUCGUUCACGAGCAAAAGUGUACAAAAUUGGUGAUCGUAAUCUCAGCCGGCCUCUUAAGGAGAAGAAAGGGCAGUCACCAGAGUUCCAUAAUUUGCUGAGGAUGGGUCUUGUAGAGUCUAUUGAUGGCCUCCAGUAUACAAGAAUGUCUCUGGUACCCGAAACUGACUACACACCUUUUCCAAGUAAUUGGAGACCUGAUCACGAGAUAGCAUUGCUUGAGUAUAUAAGACUUGAUGAUCCCAAAACUGUUGAUGAGCAACGGAAUAGCAUUGGAGAACAAGGUCUAGUUUCACCGCAGGACUAUAUUUCAAUGCUAGUUUGGAACUACAAGAGAAAUGUUAUUGCGAUGGACCAGCUUUCCAUGCUAAAGACAGCUGAUAAUAACAAGGAAAAAGAUCAUCAACUGCUGUUAGGUUCAAGUGAUGGGCUCAAUGAUCAGGAAAACAUGGAAGAGGAUGAACAGAUUAAAGGGUUUCGAGCAGCACAUAUGUAAGGUACAUAUCUUACACAGUGGUUUGGAGGGUUUUUUGUCAUUUUAUCCUUGUGACCAAGCUUUGUACUGGUUAUUGGAGCAGAGCAGAAUGAAUUUGAUGUCUCAACUUGUGCUGAAAGGAGAUACUAUUGAAAUGACUGCAAAUGUAUUCGAUUUGACGAUGGAGAGCAAUGGAAUCAGAAUUUUUGAGCCUUUUGACACCUCGAUAAAGUAUUCGAAUGCUUCUGGGAAGCUGAAUAUACAUUUCUCUGUUUCGGAUAUAUUCAUGAACUUCUCAUUCAGCAUUUUGAGAUUGUUUUUAGCUGUUGAAGAGGACUUGUUGGCAUUUCUGACGAUGACAUCAAAACAAAAUGACUGUGAUCUGCUCAGAAUUUGACAAAGUUGGAACAAUUACAAGUAUGUGGAUACACUGGGGCAUUCUUUCCUCUUGGCUCGUGCACCACUCAGUUUUGCAGUCCUGGGUGACACUGAAAUAAGAUGUGGAAAUCGUAUCAAUCUCACAUGAAAUGCUUAACUUUAAAGGUUCCUUCAAACCAAAGACAUGUCUAUUUUGCUUGGAGUGAGAUUGAUGGAAACAGACCACGUACCCCACGCAAAAAGAUUAUUGAAUCAAGGGAGCUCUUAUUAUUCAGCUCAGCCUCAGAGAAAAGCAGUGUUGUUAAACACAGUAUUAACCUUGCAAAGAUCUGGAGCAGCGAGCGAGACUCAAAAAGUCGAUGCACAUUGGACUUCAGGUAAUGAUGGAUUAUGUAUCAUUUGAAGACCCAUUUGUCCAGAGGGGUAAUCACUGUUUUUCAUCUACUCCUUAUGUGCCCCAUUUCACGAUUAUUUACUUUUCUUUCUCUUGUUUGAGUGAUUAUAAUUUCAGUCAUCUGAUUUACAUUAAUCAUAUUUGUUCUUCGACAUUUCAAUGUUGGCCACAGAUCACUGCAUUAUGUUUGAAUCAUAAUAUUACAUGUGCUUGAAAAGCGUGAUUUUUUUUCCAUGAGCAGCCGGGAUAUUUGUAAAAUUUGCCACUUGCCCAUCAUAUAUGAAACCUCAAUGAUCUUAAGUUGACAACAUUCACAAUGGAAAGUGGGAUGGAGUUACUGCUGUUACAAACUAAUAUGCAGCUCAAGCAGCCAAGGGGCAUGUCGUUUAGAUUUUAGGUCCAUUUCUGACCAAUAUCAUCUUCUGAGACUGCCAUGCAGCGACAAUCAUUUGCAGAUUCCGUCAUCAUUAGGAGCCCCUGUAUUGAAGUUGGAUAUUAGUUCCAUUAUCAGUUCUCAUGGGCUGUUUUGUCAUCGUUUGCAGCUUUAGUCCUCAUACUCAUUGUGAUCUGAGGUUUUUUUUACUACCCUUGAUGUAUGAAUUCAAAUCUGGAAAGGCUCUAAUGUUGGGAAGAGAACGGUGUAUUUGCUAAUAUCCAGGGUCCAGCUGUUGGAAGUGUUUUAGAGCUGAAGAAAAAUGUUUCAAUGUCAUUUAUUGUCUCUUGAGAGAGCUCUCUUUCAUCCAAGACAUUUAAAGAUUGGAUUACUGAUUUGAGGCGGUGCAAUUUUUUUCCUCCU